AUGUUUGAAUUACUUUGGGGUGUAUGUUGAGUUUUCAUGAAUUAAACGUAGUAGUAAAAUGUAAUUGAGGUAGAAUAUUUAAUUGUACAAGAAAUUUCGAUUAAUAUACUCUCAAAAACCAAAGAUAAAAGAUUCUUAAUAAUUCCUAGUCAAGUGAAUCAAAUUUUCAUUACAAAUUUAGUUUUUCUUUUAAAUUUGUGCUAAACUAUUUUUGAUAUAAAACUGUAUGUGAAUGAUUUUAUUUUUCACUAAAAGUCUUAUAUUUGAUUCGUUAGUGUGUGAGCUUACAAAUAAACACCUUUACGCAAAAAUGAAUUAAAAAAAAUAAUAAUUAAAAAGUUAGUGCAAAAAUAUUUACUAUUGUUUCCUGUUACGUGCGUACUGUGCAUCAGUUCAUGGAACUGUUACAUCAAUCAAUGUGUGUGUGUGGGUUUAGUGAUUUAAAAAACAUAUGACAUGGCUCUUUAAGUUGAUCUUGGAAGUAAGAAAACUGAAUUAAAAUGGUUACAAUGAAUUCUUCUGAAAAGGCGCAGAAAGCCUGUCAGCAAGGCCCGUCCAGGGACACCACGAAAAGCACCAAAGAUGACAAAGACAAAGAUAAGAAAGACAAAGAUACGAUGAUAGCCAACCUGCCUCCGAGCGUUCAGGCGCUGAUGUCAACUAUACCGUCACCCGAGGAGUCGCCCAACUACCUCGUCUAUAAAAAGAUGGAGGCUAUCAUAGAGAAGAUGCAAGAUGAGACGACUGGUGUCCCUGUUCGGACUGUGAAGAGUUUCAUGACGAAGAUACCAUCGGUGUUCACCGGCUCCGAUCUCGUGUCCUGGCUGAGCCGACACCUGAGCCUCGAGGAAAGCUGGGAGUCCCUUCACCUGGCACAUCUGCUGGCCGCCCAUGGGUACCUGUUCCCAAUUGACGACCACUGUCUCACCGUCCGUAACGACAAUACGUAUUAUCGAUUUCAGACGCCGUACUUUUGGCCGUCGAAUCAGUGGGAGCCGGAGAAUACGGACUACGCGGUCUACCUCUGCAAGCGUACGAUGCAGAACAAGGCUCGCCUGGAGCUGGCCGACUAUGAGGCGGAGUCGCUCGCGAGAUUGCAGAAGAUGUUCAGCAGGAAAUGGGAGUUCAUAUUCAUGCAGGCGGAGGCGCAGAGUAAGGUGGACAAGAAGCGAGAUAAGUUGGAAAGGAAAGUUCUAGAUAGUCAGGAGAGGGCGUUCUGGGAUGUGCAUCGUCCGAUGCCGGGCUGCGUGAACACAACAGAAAUGGACCCGAAGAAGCUCUCCAGGAUCAACGCUAUCAAGGCGAAGAGACUACGUCAGUGCCAGGAAUUGAUAUUACAGCAUAAUUUAAAGAAUAAUCCAAUAGUGACAAUAACAAAUGCUCAAGAAAGCGAAGAGGCGAUACAGAAGAAUAUUGAGAAGAAUAAUGAAAGUUCUGUCAAAGAGAACGGCGAGACGUCCCAGACACAACCAGAGACAAUAGAAGUCGAGAAGACCAUAGAGCAGCAAAUAGAGGCGGCAAAGAGACAGCUCUCGGUAUUGAAGGCUCGUAUGGAGAGAAGAAACGUUCGAGUCAGCAAAGUAGCCGAGAUGUUUAUAUCUUACUGUGAGCAGUACUCUGAGUAUGAUGCGUUCCUAACACCCCCCGAAUGGCCGAACCCCUGGAUAAGUGAUACGACGGAACUUUGGGACCAGGAGAAACAGUGUAAGGAGCCGUUGCCGUUACGUCGUGUCCGGCGCUGGUCCUUCGGUCUCCGGGAACUGCUCCGAGACCCUCCGGGUAGGGAGCACUUCGCCAAGUUCCUCAGCAAGGAGUUCAGUGGGGAGAAUCUCAAAUUCUGGCUGGCGGUUCAAGAGUUGAAGGCGUUGCCGAUUCGAAGAGUGUCGUCGCGCGCCAAGGAGAUAUGGAAGGAGUUCUUCGCGGCGGACGCGCCGUCUCCUGUUAACAUCGACGCUGCUAGCAGAGAAUUGACUAGGACGAAAGUGGAGUCGGGCACAGCUGAUAGGUACUGCUUCGAUCAGGCGCAGGCGCACGUGUAUCAUCUCAUGAAGUCAGAUAGUUACUCCAGAUACCUCAGGUCGGAGAUGUACAAGGAUUAUUUGAAUGGGUCCAAGAAGAAGACAUCAGUUAAAGGGAUACGAUCGAUCGUCUCUUUCACCGGCAGGAAGGAAACAUCGGCUAACUGAAGCUAUAAAUUGCUGGAACACCAUCAGAUCAGAACGAUCAGAACGAUUCAAGAUUCGAUUUUUGAAAUUGAUUUGAAUUUGGAAUUUAAAAAGAAUAACAUUUAAAACCAAAUAGUAAUUACAAGUUUAGUAGAAACAUUUUGUUAUUUUUAAUUCGCUCGUUUUUGAGUUUAGUAGUUCUUAAACGACAAACAUUAUUCGAUUGUUUUUUUGUACGAAAAUAUUGUUUUAGGGAUUUUGUUAAUAAUCUCUCAAAUAAUAAUGAAAGAUAUCGUUUUGCGUCAGAUACAUUGCGUCCAAACGUUACACACAAAACGUUGCACGCACAUUAUUUUUUUUUUUAAUUGUGUCGUUUAGCGUUAGAGACCUUGCACUAAAAGGUUACACAUAAAAUUUUGCACGCUUAUUUGUAUUUGAAUUUCAAUUGUCUCGAAAGGUGCUUUAUCUAACAAUUUUUUUUAUGUUUAAUGUGAAAUUAUGUUGUUUAUAGACGCUAUAUUGAGGCUCGGAAUUAUAAUUGUCACGGUGUAAAUUAGUUUUUCGAAUAUGGCUAAUAUGGCCACAUCCGCCAUAUUCGCCAUAUUAGGUUUUCGACUCUGAUUCCACCGAAACCAAAGUUUUAUUUUUUUAUUAACAUUAUCAGAAAGACUGUCCUAAUGUAAACUGCCCCUUUUUUUUGUUUAGUGUAAAUAGAUUAGUUUUAGACAAUAUUGUUUAGGAAAGCGUUGUAGGCAAGUAGUCUGCCUAAAAUAAUUGAAGAUAAGUAACAUCAGAAUACAGACGUAGUAACGAUCUGUUAUUUUCCCACUGCUGGGCAUUAAUCUUAAAAACCCCCUUUUUAAAUUUCCUUUAUUGUUAACUAACUGCUUCAACUGUUUGCACUCAAAAAGAAAUUACUCCCAGUCUUUGCAAUGUUUUUCAUUAAUACUCCGCUUCUAUUGGUCGUAGCGUAGUAUAGCCUAUAGCCUCGGUAAAUGGGCUAUCUGUCAGUGAAAGUUUUUUUUUUUUAAAUCGGACCAAUAGUUCCUGAGAUUAGUGCGUUCAAACAAACAAACUCUUCAACUUUGUAUUACUAGUAUUGAUGUGUCGCUUAUAAUAGUGAAAUGACAUGGAUGUACUCAAAAUUCAAAGUAUUGAUGAAUGGGCGGUACCCGAUUAUGAACACGCCCACCACAUAUCGGGGAAGAACACUGUCCUCCUCGACGUCAUGAGCUGUUAUAGGUCCUGUGAGCGUUACUUCUAGUUUGGUCACAUUUUUAUUUGAGCAAACAAUAUCACCCCUACGGGUGAUGAUACGGGAUGAAAUUAUUUAUAGGCUCGAAUUUAAUUCGUGGAAUUAGGUAUAUGUGGUUAUAUUUUCAUCCGACGUACAUCUUCAUCCAUCUCGAUUUCGAAUCCAUAACGAAUAUUAUUAUUUUUGAAUUCAAACCUGAAUUAUUUCCCGUUCCUUAUAAUAAGGUUACUUAUUAAAUGCUCCUUCGAUCAUAUAUAAUAAUAAUGAUAGUUUCUAACUUUGAGAAUCGUUUUAGUUUUUAACUAAAGAUUUAAAUGGAUUUUAAAGAGAGCAAUCGACACGUCAAUAUAUUUAGUAUAUUCUAAUCGAAGAUUAUUGAAAAUAA